AUGACAUCAAGUGAAGACAUUGAUAAGCAUGUACUUAGAAAGUAUGAAGUAUCUCAAAAGUUGGGUAAAGGAGCAUAUGGAAUAGUUUGGAAGGCAAUCGACAAGAAGACUAAAGAGACAGUGGCAUUGAAGAAGAUAUUCGACGCUUUUCAGAAUGCAACUGACGCUCAGAGGACAUUCAGAGAGAUUAUGUUCCUACAGGAACUGCACGGUCACGAGAAUAUCAUCAAGCUUCUCAAUGUACUAAAGGCUGACAAUGACAGAGAUAUAUAUCUUAUAUUUGAAUAUAUGGAGACUGAUCUGCAUGCAGUUAUAAGAGCAAACAUAUUGGAGGACAUUCAUAAGCAAUACACCAUCUAUCAAAUACUAAAGGCAAUCAAAUAUAUGCAUACUGGCAAUGUACUACAUAGGGAUAUUAAGCCAAGUAACUUGUUGCUCAACUCAGAGUGUCUGGUCAAAGUGGCUGACUUUGGUCUGGCAAGAUCAAUAUUGUCAUUGGAGAAUGUUACAGAGGCAAACCCAGUAUUGACAGAGUAUGUCGCCACUAGAUGGUACAGAGCACCAGAGAUAUUGUUGGGAUCGACAAAGUACACCAAGGGUGUCGACAUGUGGUCCAUCGGCUGUAUUAUGGGCGAGCUACUCGGUGGCAAGGCAAUGUUCCCUGGCAACUCAACGAUGAACCAGUUGGACCUGAUCAUUGAGGUCACUGGUCGUCCCAACGCAGAGGACAUUGAAGCAGUGCGUUCACCAUUUGCUGCAACGAUGCUCGAGUCAUUGCCACCAACCAACCCACGCUCAUUCCAGGAGAUGUAUCCUCAUGCAUCACCAGAGGCACUCGACCUCUUGCGCAAGCUCCUUCAAUUCAACCCAGACAAACGUAUCACAGCAGAAGAGGCGUUGGCACACCCGUACGUGGCCCAGUUCCACAAUCCAGCGGAUGAGCCAUCAGUGGAGGGUAUCAUCAAGAUACCAAUCGACGACAGUCAGAAGUUCCCCAUCUCUGAGUAUCGUAACAAACUCUACAAUGACAUCAUCAAGAAGAAGAAGGAGACAAGGAAGAGGAAUCACAGCUCACAAAAAACCAGUGGCGAUGUAGACAUGACUCCAGCCACCUCACAGCAGAACGAUCAAUACACCUACGCCUAA